UGAGCUAUCUUCGUUUGCCAACCGUUUGACAAAAUUCCUCAACGAAGAUGCUUUUGCAGUUGGGAUCAAAAUUGUACAGUUCUCUAUUACUGGGCAUCCGGGCACCACUAUGCCAGCAUCUCGAAUUCUCGUUCUUCUCGACGACUUCAUCUGCUUCUCCUAUUUCUCCUGACUUGCAAGAGAUAUGCCACAUUGUGUCGAGCGGAAUCGGUGGUCUAGAUGAGUUGGAAUCAAGUCUUGAUCGACCGAGGAUUUCAAUAACUCCUACCCUUGUAGCUCAGGUUAUUGAUGCUUGCAAAGAUGAAGCGCCCAGCAGAAGGUUACUUAGAUUCUUCACUUGGUCUCGCAAAAACUUGAACUGCAAAUUGGGGGACGAGGAGUUCAAUCAUGCAAUCCGGGUAUUUGCUGACAAGAAAGAUGUCACUGCCAUGGAUAUAUUGAUUUCAGAUCUGAGAAUGGAGCAACGGAAGAUGGAGGAGGGAACUUUUAGUCUUGUCGCCGAGACAUUGGUGAAACUGGGAAGAGAAGAUGAAGCCGUAGGGCUCUUUAAGAACUUGGAGAAGUUCAAGUGCUCAAGAGAUGGGUUUACUGUUAAUGGCAUCGUUCAAGCCCUUUGUACCAGUGGGCAUGCUAGGAAAGCUGAAGGGGUUGUUUGGCACCACAAGAGUAAGAUAUCUGGUGUAGAGCCUUGCAUUUAUAAGAAUCUUCUUUAUGGAUGGUGUGUCCAUGGCAACGUCAGGGAAGCUCGCAGGAUUCUCAAGGAAAUGAAGCUUUUUGGGGUUAUGCCGGACUUGUUCUGUUAUAACACUCUCCUCAGGUGCCUUUGCAAGAGGAACCUCAAAUUCAAUCCAUCGGCACUUGUUCCUGAAGCUACCAGUUUGAUGAUAGAGAUGAGGUCUAAUGGGGUGUUGCCUAAUGUAAUUAGCUUCAACAUCUUGCUCUCUUGUUUGGGUAGGACAAGAAGAGUGAAGGAAGCUUGUCGAGUUCUCUACUCCAUGAAGAAAUCAGGUUGUCAUCCUAAUUGGGUGAGCUUCUAUCUUGUUGUGAGAGUUCUGUAUUUGACAGGUAGAUUUGGAAGAGGGAAUCAGAUCGUGGAUGAGAUGAUUAAAGAAGGGUUUAUCCCAGAACCAAGGUUUUACUAUGAUUUGAUUGGUGUUCUCUGUGGGGUUGAGAGGGUGAACCAUGCUCUUGAUCUUCUUGAGCGGAUGAAGAAAAGCUUUGUAAGGGAUUGUGGGCCAGUAUAUGAUCUCCUGAUAGCCAAACUUUGUAGGGGAGGAGAGUUUGAAAGGGGUAUGCAGCUCUGGGAUGAAGCAGUGAAUAUGGGCAUCGCCCUUCACUGCUCAAGUGACGUGUUGGAUCCAUCUAUCACUGAGGUGUUUAAGAAGACAAAGAGAAGAGAGGUAGUCAACCUGAAUGACAGGAAAGAGCUGACAGCAGAUACAAGGACAAAGCGAAAAAUAGGGAAGAAAAAAGACAGUAGUACUAGAAAUAAGGAUAAGAAGAAGAAUGCGUCUGUUACUUGAUUCAUACUUCCUGUCCCCAACAUUUUGAGUUCUUCUACGGCAUACUAGUUGAUCUCUAAUGGUGAAUUAGAAGACUGUGGGUUCUCUAAAGGAAGAGAAAUGUUUACAUGAGUCUACUGAACUGUUGGAAAAUUCAGUAACAAUCUGGAAAGAAAUUUCAUUUGGAUCGGCAAGGAGCUGGAGGGAAAUGAGAAAUUUCAUCUUGUUGAGUGGGAACAGGUCACUAACCGCAAUGAACUUUAGACUUGUUUGGCAAAUGAACUGAGCUCUCUCAAGUGUAAUGUAUGUGGAGUUUUGGAAAUGAGCAUAUUAGCAUGGGAGAUUGUGAUAGGCACAUCCAAGCUCUACUACAGUGUGAGAUCUGAUUUUAGAAGGCUGGAGAAAAGACUUGUAGGUUGGAAAAGGAGAUUUCUCUCUAUUAGAGUGAAGGUGAUUAUUGUUUAUAGUAACCUAACCUUGCAAGUCCGAUGUCCUUGCUUUUAGCCCUGUAUCUGUGACAGACGAAAUGAAGUUGACAAAUUAGUUCUUAUGGGAGGAGUGAAAAAUAGAAAUUAGGAUGCCCAUGUUAUUCUAAACAUUAUCAUUGGCCAAUCUGUUUCUUUUGUUUCAGUUUCAAAAAAGAGUUGUGACAUUUGUCCUCUGCAAAAAUAAAUAAAUAAAGAAUGGUCUGAGGAUCAGCUGUGUGGUCUUUGCCUUAUGCUCAAAACUCCUUCUCGUUGCUCUCAAAAGUACUUUCUUCUAUAUGCAGUCCCUUUCCAUCCGUUUUUUCCUUCAAUAUUAAUGGAAUUCCUUCUUUUUUUCACUUGGAAUUCAUUGCCAAGGUGGCUUUGUUUCCCUGUCAGUUUGAUAUGUUUGAGUCCUUGGAUUUCUACUGGUUUUCAAUCUCAUGGUCAUGGUUACAGGUUCAUUGAUGGAUCUUGUUGCUGGUCUGUUUCUAAUACUUGAAAUCAUUGUGGUCUAACUCGGGCUCUUCCCUGCACAUUUUUACUGGACUGUCGAUACUAUUAUUUUGUUUUGUUGUGAAUAAUCAGUUUGACAUACUACUCAAAAUUGCAUUCCUAUUCUCUUUCCAGUAUUAUUUCGCCUUUUGGUUGAGCCUUGGCAGUGCCGGGAGUGUGGGGUCUUCUGCGGGUUCUUCAUGCCCUGGGUAUCAACUUUUGAGGCCUUUUCUGUUAGGAUACUGAAUUGAAGAAGCUCAUCCACUGUAUGGUAAAUUUGGAAUCUGUCUUUGCAUGUUAUUCUUAUUUGCAAAUUCAACAAUUCAACUACAAAGUACAAAUUUGAGUAGCCCAUGAUGUACUUUGGUUCAACAGCUUGCUUAUGUACAGUGUUCCAAAUGCCUCAUCCUUCAUCUUAUACUUUGAUGAAAAGUUGUUGGUGCACAAGGAAAUCUGUGAUAACAUGGACUUCUCAAACUGAA